UCGUGCAAGGACGUCACUAUGCCAUCUUCCGGUGGUAACGCCCUUGAUCUUUUGUGUGGUUGGCCCGCAGAUGAAUGCUCCCCAAAAAGGCUACUUUAUUAUCUCGGCAACGUAGGAAAUGGUCAAUCAGCUUUCUCGAUCAAGUUCGAUGUAACUGACUCUCCACACGCGCUGCCGAGCGGAGUAACCUUGUACCCUAUGAACGCAACAACUAUUCCAUGUUCCUCCCCUGUGGGCAAAAGAAGCAGAUGUUCCUGUCGUGACUGCGGGGCUGUUCCAAGUCCCACCACAACCGUGGCCCCGAUUCCAGCGUAUCCCUGUACAAACAGCCAAAAGGGUGGUAUUCAAAAAGCCCCGGGGUAUGCGAGUCUGCACCUGUUGAUCCAGAGACUGGGCAACCACUCAAGGAUACAGCAUUUCUACCCUCCCCCAAGUCUGCAGAGCAUCAUGUUCCAAGCAGUCUUCGAGAAAGCCUUCCUGCAUCAGAUACUCGAUUUGCAGACGAAAAUACAAACUUGGAGUUUCACCAUGGCCUCCACCAGUGUUACCCUGGACAACAUAUGUCUACAUGACAACGUCACCAAACACUGUACUGUCCCUAGCGUCCUACAAUACUUUCAAAACAGCAACCGAAACGUGGACAAGAAAGUGAUGGACAGUUCUGGAUUUUUCAUUAUGGCUGACUACCUGGAUCACCUCCUCAUAUGCUUCAGGAAACCCCAGACAACCUUGGACCGUCCUCUGAACCUGUCCUGUGUGUCGGACUAUGGUGGAGUGGUCGAACCCUCCCAGAUAUUUUGUGGAUAUGACGGCAGCAACUAUCAGAACUCCACCCAGCUGGUGAUGACGUUCGUGAUAAAGGACCCCCCGGGCGUCUCCUGCUGCUACUGUGUGGGUGAACGGAAUUCGAAGGUUCAUCCAGACGUGGCAAAACGCCAACAAGGAAGUGAAGAUCACCACCUUCUCUGAACCCCCUAAUUAGUGGAACAGAAAAUGAUCAGUGUGUAUAUAUAUUAGGAAAGUUGCCUCUUCUCAAAUGACUGGAUAUCAAAGGCAGUGAUACUCCAGGUACUCUGUAUUUUGCAUCCAUCUAUUUUUGGUCUGAUUCAACAUGCAUUCCAUA